UGACUUGUGGAGUUAUCUGGACGAGCUUGAUAAUACGGACUUUAUAUACUUACUAUAUACUCUCUUUAGACUACGUCACCGUACAAAUUGAGAUCGAUGCAAUUCAAUAUCCACAAUCCCCUUUUGGCCAAUUCCGGAUAUUCCUGUUGGACUUUCACCUUCGCAGGUGAAGAAGCGCCUCCUGCAAAUAUUCUGGACAAGACAUUAAGCGUUCAGAUUCCUGUCCUUCGGCAGGAGGACCUGGAACAGCCCGAGUCCGAGUCGAGCGAGGGCGCCUCUCCCGGCCAUACUGCUAUGACCAAUGCAGGGAUUGCAUAUACGCUUCAGUACGUCUUCUAUUCAGGUCUACCCUCCCGACUCCUCGGACUCCAGUGGGCUGUUUUUGCGCGGAAGGUGGGAGUCGCGACCAAGCAAUCGGGAUGCCGUCAAGUGUUGCUGCAUAAUGGUAAUGUACUCGAUACUGCGUUCAAUUUGGUCGGAAUCGGAAUACGCAUGGCGCAAUCUCUCAAUCUCGAGCAGAACCCAGCAGCCCCGGGAGAGUCCAACGCACAGGAAAUCGCCUUGUCGUCCCGGAUUUGGUGGACUUUUGAUCCACCUGGAUGCUCGCUGCUCCCGACACUUGGGGAAGCCGUACAAGACGGGGAUUGCUUUUACGCAGGGCUCGUCAUCGGCUGCCUGGCCACUACCCCCCGCCUAUCCCGGGAGUAGGCGAUUUUCCAUAUCAUAGCCCGGUGGUCGGCUUAACCAGGGCAGCAAUUGCCGGUAUCGAUGGAGUUGCGCGAGCGGAGGGCUCCGGUCAAGACGGCGAUGUGGAGGUUCACGCACGCACAGAUGCCGUCACACAAUUUACAUUACCUUCCUGAAUGGCGCGACGGACGGCUCCAGGAUGACAAUUUCAAGCACAUACAGACAGAUGAGUUGUCAAAGCUGUUGCUGCUUUACGGCUGCAGUCGCAGUCUUGACGAGUCUCAUACGCGUACCGAAAACAAGGUCAAUAUUGCGGUACCUGUACCCAGCACCACAGUGCAACAACUUGGUGUAUUACCUGCAACUUCCAUACCACGACGUUGUCAUAGCUUUGCAUCGCAGAUUCAUCCAAUUUCCUGGGCAUAUUACCCUACCCACACUUCCGACAGAGUGGCCCUGUAGGUGCAAGGAAAAGAACAAG